AUGGCUGGGCAAGGGCAGACCCAGCCUGAGGGCCACGAGCAGACGUCCCCAGGGGUGACCCUCACCAACAGCCUCAUUGCCGCGAAGUACCUGCCUCUGCUGGUCGAGCCCUCGUGCCCAGAGAGCCGAUCCACAGAGCUGCUGUUCCCUUCAAUCAUCCGCUUGGAUCGGCAGAACAUCUGUGCCAUCGAGAGGCUCCAGAGCCUGUGGGACACUCACAGCCUCUACCUGCAGCAGAACCAAAUUGAGACGAUUGAGAACCUGGACUGCUUUCCUAACCUGCGGUUCCUCUCUCUGUCUGGAAACGCAAUCUGCCAAGUGAAGAACCUGCGGCCCCUGCGCCACCUGCGAGUCCUGGACUUGUCCCACAAUUUGAUACAGACUCUGGAUACGGACGAGCUGCCCCACAGCCUCUGUAUCCUCGACUUAAGGGGAAACGAAUGCACCCACCAGCACAGAUACAGGGAGCUGGUUCUCAGAGCCCUUCCUCACCUCCUACAGCUGGAUGCGCAGCUCAUCUGUGGCAGCAUGAGUGAGGAAGAGGAGGAUGGUGAAGACUCAACCAGCAGUGAGGAGGAAGACGGUGAGUUGCUCUCUGAGCUGAGCAGCCCAUUCACUGAAGGCAAAGAUUUCUUUGCAGAGCUGCACCAGGAGCUGUCUGGGCGCUCGCAGCGCAGACAGCAAGAGGCCCUGAAGGAACAUCAGACCCGUCUGGAGGAGCUCAAGGAGCAUAGCGGGCUGCUGCUGCCUCCCACACCAUUGAGCCCAGGCUGGGGGGGAUCAGCCACUGUCACAGCCCCAGGACCCAGCAGGUUGCAGCCCUGUACCCAGGCGAAGUUGGGCACACGGCUGCCAUCCCUGGGGGCACAUGGUGGGGCAGCACGUCUGCCCACAGCCCAGCGAGCUCCUGGUAGGAGCCAAGCUCAGACCAAGGCUCCAGAAGAGGAGGAGGCUCGUGCCAAAGCAGCGAGAAGCACGCAGUUACCCCAAACACCCUGCACCAGCACAGCACCGCGCACUUAG